AUGAUCUCGAUCAGUUUGGGACUCACCAACGUCAUCGCCGCCUACUUCUUCCUCCAAGAAACCAAGAAUUGCAGUUUGGACAAGGCCGGAACUACCGCUGCUAAGCCGGCAGAGAAAGCAAACGAGCAAGAGAUGACGGAUCUCAUCGACCGUUCCAUUCAAAACGAGGAUCUCGAGAAGAAAUAG